AGGAGAAACAUAGUUGCAUGCCAACCAGGUUUCUGUUUGUAGCCGGUGAUACUAGCCAGUAUCAGUACCCCACAAUCAGGAACUGACAUCACUUAUUCCGACAAUGUUGGCUCAACCGAUACGUGUGAGUCUAGCUUUUCUCAUAUGAAUGCCAUCAGAACAAGGGCACUUUGCUCCAUGACCUAUGAGAAGCUGCAUGAGUGUCUCAGGAUGAGCCAAACUAGGCAAACAAGGCAGUGCAAUCUUUCUCACUGACUCAAAAUGUCUCAUGUACAGUUUUGUGAUGAUUCAAACAACAUUGUUUAAUUCUAAAUACGUGUACAAAAUAUGUGAGAACAAAAUCUUUUAUAAUGAUACGGUUAAAAGUGAAGAAUGAAGGAAUGCGUCUGACAAGUUUAUUCCAUGUAGUAGUACUAUAUAUAUUAAGUUAACACUACUUUAAGUACGAUUUAUUUGUAGCGAUUCAUUCACGUAGUUUUACUCUGUGUGGCCCAUGAACCCCCAGUGAUUUUCCUUUUCGGCCCACUUGAUAAGGAGGUUGAAUAGCCCUGGUCUAGGCAUUAGGCAGGCAUAUCAUGCAGGCAGGUGCCGUUCACGUGCAGCGCUGCAGCUACGUAAACAGAGUUUGCCCUCCCCCUACUGACCUUCACUCUCGGUGCCCGAAUGGAAGUGAAUGAGGCUAUUUUUACCUUAUGAAAUGUUUCGAAUGGUAGUUUUUUUUUAGCUAGGCAUACAUGAAAUUCUACGAUUUAAAAUUUUAUUUGUUCCUCGGAAGGGCAACAUGAGUCGAGGAGGGCAUAUGGGCUGUUGCAACCUGAGCAAUCCCCCUGUGCACGUCCCUGCGCACGCGUGUGUGUGUGUGUGUGUGUGUGUGUGUGUGUGUGUGUGUGUGUGUGUGUGUGUGUGUGUGUGUGUGUGUGUGUGUGUGUGUGUGUGUGUGUGUGUGUGUGUGUGUGUGUGUGUGUGUGUGUGUGUGUAAGAGUUAGUUUCACUUUGAAGUUCUCCUCUUGUCCGCAUGUUUCCUGGUCAGUGCGUCUGAUGCUGGACUCUGAGUCACGUCUCUGUGGAUAAUCUCCUCGAGCUGUUCUUCUGAAUACAUCGAUAUGAAGGCGCUAACGGGGCUGCUGCUGUUGGUCUUUGGUCACGGUGUGUCCUCAGAGGAGAUGUGACCCGGCCCGGAGGAAGCCCGGGGCCCCCGUCUGGAGCCAGGCCCAGACGGAGGGCUCGAUGGCGAGCGCCUGGUGGCCGGGUUUGCCACGGAGCUCGGUCGGGCACAGCCCGAACAAACUACGUGGCGCCCCCCCUCUCUUCAUCCCAUGGGCCCACCACCUGUGGGAAGACCCGUUGGGGUCGGGUGCGCAGCCACAUGGGUGGCAGCGAAGGUCAGGGGUCUCGACGGACCAGACCCGGGCGGCAGAAGCUGGCUCUGGGGACGUGGAACGUCACCUCGCUGUGGGGAAAGGAACCGGAGCUUGUGAGGGAGGUGGAGCGCUAUCAGUUAGAUCUGGUGGGGCUUACCUCCACGCACAGUCUCAGCUCUGGUACCGUACUCCUGGAUAAGGGUUGGACUCUAUUCUUCUCCGGAGUUGCCGAGGGUGUGAGGCGCCGGGCGGGUGUGGGGAUACUCAUAAAUCCCCGGCUGAGCGCCGCGGUGUUGGAGUUUACCCCGGUAGACGAGAGGGUCGCCUCCCUGCGCCUAAGGGUUGUCGGGGGGAAAACUCAGACUGUUGUUUGUGCGUAUGCACCAAACAGCAGCUCAGAGUACUCGGCCUUCUUGGAGACCCUGAAUGGAGUCCUGUAUGGGGCUCCAGUAGGGGACUCCGUAGUUCUGCUGGGAGACUUCAACGCCCACGUGGGCAACGAUGGAGACACCUGGAGAGGCGUGGUGGGGAGGAACGGCCUCCCUGAUCUAAACCCGAGCGGUCGUUUGUUAUUGGACUUCUGUGCUAGUCAUGGAUUAUCCAUAACAAACACCAUGUUCGAACAUAAGGGUGCUCAUAAGUGUACCUGGUACCAGAGUACCCUAGGCCGAAGAUCGAUGAUCGAUUUCGUGAUCGUGUCAUCUGAUCUGAGGCCGCAUGUUUUGGACACUCGGGUAAAGAGAGGGGCGGAACUGUCAACCGACCACCAUCUGGUUGUGAGUUGGAUCAGGGAAUGGGGGAAAUUUCCGGAUAGACCUGGUAAACCCAAACGAGUAGUGCGGGUGAACUGGGAACGUCUGGAGGAGGCCCCCGUCCUAGGUAUCUUCAACUCACACCUCCGGCGGAGCUUUUCUGGCAUUCCUGUGGAGGUUGGGGGCAUUGAGCCGGAGUGGGCGGUGUUCAAAGCCUCCAUUGCUGAAGCUGCGGUGGCUAGCUGUGGCCUCAGGGUCUUAGGCUCCUCAAGGGGCGGUAACCCUCGGACACCGUGGUGGACACCGGUGGUCAGGGAAGCCGUCCGACUGAAGAAGGAGGCCUUCCGGGAUAUGCUAUCCUGGAGGACUCCUGACUCGGUUGCAGGGUGCCGUGUCGGAGGCUAAGCAGCGGGUGUGGGAGAAGUUCGGAGAGGCCAUGGAGAAGGACUUUCGGUCGGCACCAAAGUGUUUCUGGAAGACUAUCCGGCACCUCAGGAGGGGGAAACGGGGAACCAUCCAAGCUGUGUACAGUAAGGAUGGGACUCUGUUGACCUCAACUGAGGAGGUCGUCGGACGUUGGAAGGAACACUUUGAGGAACUCCUGAAUCCGAAUAACACGCCCUCUAUGUUGGAGGCAGAGCUCGAGGUUGAUGGUGUUUCGUCGUCAAUUUCCCUGGUGGAGGUCACUGAGGUAGUCAAACAUCUCCGCAGUGGCAAAGCCCCAGGGAUUGAUGAGAUCCAGCCAGAAAUGCUAAAGGCUCUGGGUGUUGAGGGGCUGUCAUGGUUGACACGCCUAUUCAACAUCGCGUGGGAGUCGGGUACAGUGCCAAAGGAGUGGCAAACCGGGGUGGUGGUUCCCCUGUUCAAAGGGGGGGACCAGAGAGUGUGUGCCAAUUACCGGGGUAUCACACUUCUCAGCCUCCCUGGUAAAGUCUACUCCAAGGUGCUGGAAAGGAGGGUUCGGCCGAUCGUCGAACCUCAGAUUGAAGAGGAACAAUGCGGUUUUCGCCCCGGACGUGGAACUACAGACCAGCUCUUCACUCUUGCAAGGAUCCUGGAGGGGGCCUGGGAGUAUGCCCAUCCGGUCUACAUGUGUUUUGUGGAUCUGGAGAAGGCGUAUGACCGGGUCCCCCGGGAGAAACUGUGGGAGGUGCUGCGGGAGUAUGGGGUAAGGGGGUCUAUCCUCAGGGCCAUCCAAUCUUUGUACUCCCAAAGCGAGAGCUGUGUUCGUGUUCUCGGCAGCCAGUCAGUUUCGUUCUCAGUGGGUGCUGGUCUCCACCAGGGCUGCGCCUUGUCACCAAUCCUGUUUGUGAUAUACAUGGACAGGAUAUCGAGGCGUAGUCGUGGUGGGGAGGGGUUGCAGUUCGGUGGUCUGAGGAUCUCGUCACUGCUUUUUGCAGAUGAUGUGGUCCUCAUUGGAUCAUCGGCCUGUGACCUUCAGCACUCACUGGAUCGGCUGGCGGCCGAGUGUGAAGCGGCUGGGAUGAGGAUCAGCACCGCUAAAUCUGAGGCCAUGACUCUUAGCAGGAAACCGGUGGAUUGCUUACUCCGGGUAGGAAAUGAGUCCUUAGCCCAAGUGAAGGAGUUCAAGUACCUCGGGGUCUUGUUCGCGAGUGAGGGUACUAUGGAGCGUGAGAUUGGCCGGAGAAUCGGAGCAGCGGGGGCGGUAUUGCGUUCGCUUUACCGCACCGUUGUAACGAAAAGAGAGCUGAGCCGCAAGGCAAAGCUCUCGAUCUACCGGUCGAUCUUCGUUCCUAUCCUCACCUAUGGUCAUGAGGGCUGGGUGAUGACCGAAAGGACGAGAUCGCGGGUACAAGCGGCCGAGAUGAGUUUUCUCAGAAGGGUGGCUGGCGUCUCCCUUAGGGAUAGGGUGAGAAGCUCAGCCAUCCGUGAGGAACUCGGAUUAGAGCCGCUGCUCCUUUACUUAGAAAGGAGUCAGCUGAGGUGGUUCGGGCAUCUGAUAAGGAU